UAUUAUUUUUUUGAGCUAUCAAUUUGAUCAAGUGGUACAUCAACGUGUCUAAAUAAAGCACGAGUUUUAUGUUCUUAAAUAAAUAGUAAAUAAUAUAAAUUAUAAAAUGGAUUCAUUCGUAAUUGAUACAAAAGGAUCAACUAGUUUAUUAUCACAAAAUCAAGCAGUUGAUGAUGAUGAUGAUGACUUUGAUUUUGAGGCAAUGGAACUUAAUCCAAAUAAAAUCAGGAUUCCACGUCCACGAAAAGUUGUGCCUAAAGAAAAAGUUGUGUCUGGAAAAGAUUUUGACUUGGAGCAAUUUGAGAUUGAUAUGGGUUGGAAAAGUAAAAGAGGAAAUUCUAAAAAAAAAGUAGAAGAACGUGCCAUGAAUGUUUUUAAUAUUAUAGAUGAAGUAAAGCCAGUUGAUGAAGUAUUAGAAAAAUCAGCAAUUAAACCAGGCUUUGAAACACUUCUUCGUGUUCCACGUUAUGAUGUCAGUAAACGACAACAAGUUGCUAAAAAUAGACAUGAUCGUGAAAAAACAGCUGGUAAAAAAUGGUUUAAUUUACCAAAAACUGAAAUGACUGAUGAUGUUAAACAUGAUCUUGAAAUUAUUAAAAUGAGAUCAGUAUUAGAUCCAAAACAUUUUUAUAAAAAGAAUGAUAGAAGUGGUUUUCCAAAAUAUUUCCAAGUUGGUAAAGUUGUGGAUUCACCAGUUGAAUAUUACAAUGGUAGAUUAACUAAAAAACAAAGAAAAAAUACAAUUGUUGAAGAACUCAUGGCUAAUGCUGAAUUUUCAAAAUAUAAUAAACGAAAAUAUAAUGAAAUUGUUAGUGAAAAACAAAAGACACAUCACAAAGCACAUAAACGUGCUAAAAAACUUAAAGCAAAAAGAAGAUAAAAUUAAUUAAUCUAAUAAAUUUUAAAAUUAUAAAUUACAAGCUUGCUAAACAAUUUUUUUUUUUUCUUUUUAUGAUUUAUUUAAUUUCUUUAGGAUUUUUAAUAUUGUUUUGUAAUUUUUUUUAAAUAAAUUAUAAUGACAAUAUUCAUAAAAUAAAUA